GAAGAGAGAGAUGUGAGCCACAUGUGCGGCUAUUAUUAAUCUUACCCAUCUUCAUCAUUAUUUGUCUAAAUGGAUGUCUGAACUGUUUUAUUGCAUUAGCGAUUGGACGUUGCAUCGCAAGCUUGAGGAGAUCGGACUGUCUCGACGUUCGGAAAUCGUGUUGGAGUCGCGCAGUGAGGGAGAGCCGCGCUGGAUUGCACUACGGAGUAAUUGCGUCAUGUGAGGACUCCGCUUGUUUUUCUUCAUCGUUCGUUCCUGCAAAGACUGUUCAGACACGAUGAUAAGCACAAAAGACAUUAUUCCCAAGAGCGAAACAAAAGAUUCAGCCAAGAGGAAAGGCAUUAUUCCAAAGACCGAAACAAAAGGCGUCGACUUCUGUGAAAUGAAAAACUACUUUUAUAUAAUCCGCUCUGAUUUUGGCUGCUAUAUGCGGACAAGAAAUUUAAAUAAAGGUUCAGAUGUCUCUAUUUUCAAUCUGCAUCUUUCCUGCAAAGAUGGAGACCAUUACAUUGGUCAUGAAGAUGGCCACUUUUACAUCAUCAAGGGCAAUAAGUACCGCAGAGUCAAGGACCUGACAACAGACAGCAAUGCUAUAAUGUACGACCUUCAUCCCAACUGCCAGGGUGGAGACCACUACUUCUCAGCCGAUGGCAAGUUUUACAUUAUCUUCAAAGAAAAGAGCAUUUAUCGAAAAACAACAGACUUGAGUAAAGACUCGAAUGCUGAAGAAUACAAGCUGCAUGCCAGCUGCAGAAACGGGCUCUAUUACUGGGGCCACAUACACAGGUUCUACUUCCUCAAGCCAGGCUCAGAGUGGGGAGUUGAGUUCUGCAGCAGUACCGACUUCAGCAAAGAUAAGUUCUCUGGUGUCUAUUCUGCUCAUCCUGAUGUUCUUAACUUCCUCCCUGGUGGGCUGUCAAUAACUAAAGGCCCAGCCUUUGGCAAUUGGGAGAACAUCAAAACUAUAACUAAUGACAGCAAUACACUAGUGAAAUGGACAAAGAAAAUCAAUAAAAAGGUUGGAUACAAUAAGGAGAAGAUGUCCCAGAUUACACGCAGCUGGAAAAUAGACACAACAGCCUCGAUUGGAACUGGAGAACUUGCAAAGUUAAUUGCGAUGUGUCAGUUCUCCUUUUCUGCAGAAUUUGGAGGUUCUAAUGUCAACACUGAAAAUGAAAGCUGGAACAAAAUGACUGAAGAGGAAGAAGAACUCACAUUUGAUCUGAAGCCACAAGAGCGUUUAUAUCUGUGGCAGUACCAACUGGGUAUUGGUAAAGAAUCAGUGUUGUUCUGUCGUGAUUUAACAAUUAACCAUAAUAAAAAUCCUCCAGCUGACAUCCCACUACCAACCGUGCAAAAAGAAAAUAAAUGAAGAUGCUUUAACUCCAAAGAUAAUCAAGUGCUUCAGUUAAAUACCUGCAUUAAUUAUAACUUCAAGUAAUUGUUUAGAUAUCUGCAUGCAUUGCUUAAAAUGAGGUUGGAAUUGUUUAAUACAGCAAAGAGAUUUUUCAGUUACAGCCAAUGUAACUACAAAUGACAACACUAUCCAUUAUGGUAUGAUUAAACCCAGCAAGCAAUAGCCGUCAUUUCACCAUCUCAGUUAACUAUAGACCCGAUAAAGUCCGGCUAUGUGUAACCCACUUGUAACCACGUUAAAAAUUAUUUUGGCUUGUAACACCUCCUUUGUUUUUUUAGAUGUUACUCUGAGGGGUUCAACAGAUUUUUGACAUGUACUGAUAUAAAAACCUUCACAAAACAAAUGAUCUUUUACACCUAUUUUAUUUUCCCCACAAGUGCUUAUAUAUAUGUGCCACAAAGUCAAUGAAUAAACUGAAAAGCAAGCUUUGUCUCUUUUAAAUGAGUCAAUGAGAUGAAGUAAACUUAGCGUUUGAAUGUCCAGUCUUUUGAUGAGUUGAAGUGAUGAUGAUAAAAUGAGCUUUAAAUCCACAAGGUUAUUUGAGUGUGAUGCAAUGUUUGAAAUCCUAUAAUCCACAAUGAGAGAAAUAAUCACAGUCAACGUCGUUUGUUGAGUCGUCCACAGCGUCGUGUUGGUCAAGGCCAUGUAAUGUAGCCUUGCUACUGUUAUACCUCUGAAAAGAGGGAGAUGAACUAUCAUAAAACUUACAGAUGUUUCCCCACUGCGAACUUUAUGUAGAAUCUUUUCAUAACAAUUGACAAUAAACUUUACAAAACAG